CUGGGGGCGCAUUUCGUAUUUGGAGCCGAUAGCCGCCGAAACCGAAACUGCCAGUGUUCAGAAUUCAGCAUUCAGUAGCCUGCUGCUCUUUCUGGCGCUCGGACCGAAGUUUGUUUUAUUAUUUACAACAUUUGUAUAUAUGUAGUUUGUGUUGCUUUGCCGGGUUCUAUCGCGAUUUUCUCACGUUCGCCAGCAGAAAUAACCAUAUUGUUGAAUGUAAACAAUAUUGAGACAAGAUUCUUUAGAGGGAGUCCAACAUGCAGUCGCUGAAAACGGCAGAUUUGCCGGAGAAUCCCCGGGAACAUUCCAAUUUUAUUUCGGCAGCAUGUUUUUGGUACACCAUGCCCACUUUUAUCAAGGGUCGGAAGCGCACAUUGGAUACCAAGGAUCUUUACAGGGCCUUGAAAGAGCACAAAUCGGAAACUCUGGGAAACAAAUUGUGCGCUUCCUGGGAGUUGGAACUUGAGAAGACCAAAGGAAAACCCAAUUUGCUAAGAGCCCUUAUCCGGGUUUUCGGCUGGUACUUCGCACUUCUUGGCCUGGUGCUUUUCUUGCUGGAAUUGGGCCUCCGAACGCUUCAGCCAAUCUUCCUGCUAAAACUCAUCGCCUACUAUACACAUGGCUCAGAAUCCAUUGAGUCGGCCUAUUACUAUGCUGCUGGAGUGAUCCUUUGCAGUGCCCUCAAUGUCAUCAUUAUGCAUCCGUAUAUGCUGGGGACAAUGCAUGUUGGACUCAAGAUGCGCGUUGGUAUGUGCAGCAUGAUCUACCGCAAGGCGCUGAAGCUGAGCAAGUCGGCACUGGGAGACACCACUGCUGGACAUGUGGUGAACCUUAUGUCCAACGACGUGGGACGUCUAGAUCUGGCUACCAUAUUCGUACACUACUUGUGGGUGGGACCGCUGGAGACCCUCUUUAUCACCUACCUGAUGUACCGUGAGAUUGGAAUCGCGGCUGUGUUUGGUGUGGCCUUCAUGUUGCUGUUCAUCCCCAUGCAGGCGUAUCUGGGAAAGAGAACAUCGGUUCUUCGACUUAGAACCGCUUUACGCACGGAUGAAAGGGUUCGGAUGAUGAACGAAAUCAUCUCGGGCAUUCAGGUGAUCAAAAUGUAUGCAUGGGAACUACCAUUCGAACAUAUGGUGGCCUAUGCGCGUAAGAAGGAGAUAAAUGCCAUUCGCCAUGUGUCCUACAUUCGGGGAAUACUGCUCUCCUUCAUCAUCUUCCUGACGCGAGUUUCAAUUUUUCUGAGCCUGGUGGGAUAUGUGCUGCUCGGAGCGUUCCUAACCCCGGAAGUGGCCUUCUUGAUCACGGCCUACUACAAUAUCCUGCGUACCACCAUGACGGUAUUCUUUCCCCAAGGCAUCUCCCAGAUGGCGGAGACCCUGGUGUCCAUUAAGCGUGUCCAGAAGUAUAUGCAGUCCGAUGAGACCAAUGUGAUGGAUAUGAGCGUGGAUCUUACUGAUGAUUUCCAAGGCAGCAAUCAGGAAACGGUUCAUGGCGAUGGAGAUGAGGAACGCGACGAAGCUGAGGAUAAGCUUUUAGGACCACCAAUUGCAACUAUUAAUGAGAACGCCAAGUUGUCGGAGGCGGGAAUCUCGAUAAGCGGACUUAUGGCCAAAUGGGACGUUAACUCCCCUGAUUACUCUCUUAAUGGGGUAAACCUUCGUGUUCAGCCUGGAACCAUGCUGGGCAUCGUCGGACGAACAGGAUCUGGUAAAUCCAGUCUCAUCCAAGCCAUCCUGGGUGAACUGCCCGCAGAGUCUGGCGAGAUAAAGGUCAAUGGCUCCAUGUCGUAUGCCUCCCAAGAACCGUGGCUCUUUUCUGGCACUGUGCGGCAAAAUAUUCUCUUCGGCCAGCCCAUGGAUCGCCGUCGAUACGCCAAGGUGGUAAAAAAGUGUGCUCUGGAGCGAGAUUUUGAGCUGCUUCCGUUCAAGGAUAAAACCAUAGUUGGUGAGCGUGGAGCUUCCCUCUCAGGUGGCCAAAAGGCGAGAAUCAGUUUGGCAAGGGCUGUUUAUCGGGAGACUUCCAUUUACCUGCUGGAUGAUCCACUGAGUGCCGUGGACACCCACGUGGCUCGCCACCUUUUCGAGCAGUGCAUGCGGGGCUAUCUACGCGAGCGAAUUGUUAUAUUGGCUACUCAUCAGCUCCAGUUCUUGCAGCACGCCGAUCAAAUUGUCAUCAUGGACAAAGGUCAUGUUAGCGCCGUGGGCACCUACGAGUCGCUACGCGAAUCCGGAUUGGAUUUCGCCACCAUGCUAGCCGAUCCAGAGCGAGAUGAGCAAUCAGAGGAGCGAUCCCGGUCGCGAUCGGGCAGCUACACUCAUAGCCAUUCGGACCAGCGGCGCAACAGCGAGCAGUCUUUGCUUUCCAUGGCAGAGUCGUGCCUGGAUGACCUCGAGGCGGAGCAAGCUAACAACCAGGAACGCCAGGAGGCGGGUCAAAUUGGCCUGCGGUUGUACAGCAAAUACUUCAAAGCUGGUGGAGGUUUCUUUGCCUUCUUCGUGAUGAUGGGCUUCUGUGUGCUUUCGCAAGGACUGGCCUCGCUGGGUGACUAUUUUCUCUCGUAUUGGGUUACCAAAAAGGGUAAUGUUGCUUACCGUGCAGAUAAUAAUGAUACAACUCGCGCUGAAGAACUUGAGCCUCGUUUGUCAACAUGGUUGCGUGAAAUUGGAUUGUCUGUGGACGCUGAAAUGCUGGAUACUUAUAUAUUCACGGUGAUCACAGUACUGACCAUUCUGGUGACCGUGGCUCGCUCGUUUUUGUUCUUCAAUCUAGCCAUGAAAGCCUCAAUUCGUCUGCACAACUCCAUGUUUCGCGGCAUCACUCGAGCUGCCAUGUAUUUCUUCAAUACGAAUCCAUCUGGCCGCAUUCUAAACCGUUUCUCGAAGGAUAUGGGACAAGUUGACGAGAUACUUCCCGCCGUGAUGAUGGACGUCAUCCAGAUUUUUCUUGCGCUUGCUGGCAUUGUGAUCGUUAUAGCCGUUGUUAAUCCGCUGUUCCUUAUUCCAACCGUAGUACUGGGGAUUAUCUUCUAUCAACUGCGUACCUUCUAUCUUAAAACGUCGAGGGAUGUAAAGCGCAUGGAAGCAAUUACUCGGUCUCCAGUAUACUCGCAUUUGGCUGCCUCUUUGACCGGUCUGUCCACCAUUCGUGCCUUUGGAGCGCAACGUGUUCUGGAGGCGGAGUUCGACAAUUACCAGGACAUGCAUAGCUCCGCAUUUUAUAUGUUCAUUAGCACCUCGCGAGCCUUCGGAUAUUGGCUUGACUGUUUUUGUGUCAUCUACAUAGCAAUCAUCACUCUCAGUUUCUUCAUAUUUCCUCCUGCGAACGGGGGUGAUGUGGGAUUGGCAAUCACACAGGCCAUGGGAAUGACCGGCAUGGUCCAGUGGGGAAUGCGUCAGUCAGCCGAGCUGGAGAAUACAAUGACUGCUGUGGAGCGAGUGGUUGAGUACGAGGACAUUAAACCGGAAGGAGCGUUGGAAGCUCCGGCCGAUAAGAAGCCACCUAAGUCCUGGCCCGAGCAGGGAAAAAUCGUUUUCGACGAGCUGAGCCUGCGCUAUACGCCGGAUCCUAAGUCGGAAAAUGUGCUCAAGUCACUCAGUUUUGUAAUAAGACCCAAGGAGAAAGUAGGCAUCGUGGGACGCACUGGAGCCGGAAAGUCCUCGCUAAUUAAUGCCCUGUUCCGACUGUCCUACAACGAUGGAUCCGUGCUGAUAGACAAGAGGGAUACCAGUGAGAUGGGGCUACACGACCUGCGCAGUAAAAUCUCGAUCAUACCUCAGGAACCCGUGCUGUUUUCCGGCACAAUGCGAUACAACUUGGAUCCCUUUGACGAGUACAGUGAUGAAAAGCUGUGGCGCUCCCUGGAGGAGGUAAAGCUAAAGGAGGUGGUGUCCGAUCUUCCCAGUGGCUUGCAGAGCAAAAUCACCGAGGGCGGAACCAACUUCAGCGUGGGUCAGCGUCAAUUGGUCUGCUUGGCAAGGGCUAUAUUGCGUGAGAAUCGCAUUCUGGUAAUGGACGAAGCAACGGCCAAUGUGGAUCCCCAGACAGAUGGCCUCAUCCAAACCACCAUUCGCAACAAGUUCAAGGAGUGCACUGUACUGACGAUAGCCCAUCGUUUGCACACCAUCAUGGACUCGGACAAAGUGUUGGUGAUGGAUGCUGGAAGAGCGGUGGAGUUUGGAACGCCCUAUGAGCUGCUGACGCUGGCGGCUUCUAAGGUAUUCCACGGUAUGGUCAAGCAGACGGGUCACGCAACCUAUGAGGUCCUGCUGAAAAUCGCACAAAAGGCAUUCGAAGACCGCCAGAAUCACAGUCUUUCCUCAUGAGAAUCAGCUAUUAUGUGUUUGUCACCGAAUCUUAAGCUGAUUAAUUAUAGUUUAAGUAAUCAUAAUGUUUUUGAAUGUGUUAUUUUGUGUGAAUGUAAAUAUGUUUGUCCGUGUGUGUAUGCUAAAUACUUUAAAUACUUAAAAAUCUACUAUUUGUAUUUAUUUAGCUAAGAGCAAAGAAGUGCCUUUAAAAAUAAAUAAAAUAUUUUUUCUGUUCCUAA